AUGCGUCUGCAACCAUAUCCCGUGACGACAUUAACCAUUCUUGUAGAUUCACUUCAUGGUACUAGUAAAGAAUCAUUGCCCAUCCAUCUACAGCCCUUGCUCAGCCAAGAUGAACCACUGUCUUCGGUCUCCUUGCCAGAGCAUCCAAACAAGAGAAGGAAGACGGAAUCUCCCGGCCAACUUGUAAACGGUCAUGAACCUGCGAAUUUCCAAGAAGCCGUCUGGCAAUUGGAAGGUACUAUGCGAAACGAUUAUGCUGGCCAUGAGCCCGUCAUGUUUGGUGAACCAUCAAGUACCAUCCCAAACGCCACCAUGACGCAACAGCGUGUCUUGGAAGCUGUCAACGGCCCAGUAAUGCUAGGACAGGAGUCCGAAACUGGGGAGCUUCGCCAUCAUCUUCCGCCUGAACCGUCAGUACCUUGGUCAGAUCUGAUGAGAUUCACGCCUGCAGAGGAAUCUGAGCAGACUGAAUCUCCGUAUCGUGAACCACUACCUCACGCGUCAUUGAGUACGCCUGUUGUGGCUAUGCAGAAAAGUCCUGGUUGGCCGGCGACGCAGCAGAGCAAAUGUGCAUCGUCAUCUCAGCAGAAUCAAAGUGUAUCGAAGAACGACCGUUCUAGUUUUGAGGAACAUACCGCAGAUGAUGAACAGGUUGUCUCCAAGACGAGCUCUCCGCUAGUAACCGUGAAAACGCCGAAUCCACGACUAGAAUCUCAUACCGAUGGUCAAGCGAAAGCAAAGACAUCUCCCCGCCAACACAAAAACCAGCUGCAUCCAAGCUCUGAUGACGAAUUGUCCGCAAUCGGACUCCCCGAGGAGCGAUACAAGCCAAGGCCCAGUCGCUCAAGGUCACUCAAGGUCGACACUGAAGAGCCAAUUGACUACUCCAUCCGACCUGAGAAAGCUCCUAAGCUCAGCAAACGUCGAAGAACAACAGCUGACAUGCGCGCUGCCAACGCAAUCACGACACCCGAGAAAGUACGGCAAAUAUGCGAUAUGGGCUUCACGCCUUCGACGACUGCCGGGGCCUUGAGACGUAACAACGGUGACGUCAUCCAGACUGUCGAUUGGCUAGUUACUAACAAUAUCGGCCAUGACGAGCUGGCGCCACAAAGUCCACCUAAGCCGAUGCCGAAACAAAGAGAAGAAGACGAGCCUGAGGUAGUCGACGUACGGACUGUACAAAGUAUCAUGCGCAAUCUGGAUGAGUAUCGUCGGGACGAUUGUGACACUGCACAACGUGAUCAGCCAACAGGACUGGAUGCAGAUAGUUCUACGACGGAUCUCAUAGAAGUCGAUACUUUCGCGGAAACCACAAACCCGCAUAAGCGCUCAGAAACAGAUCAGAACAUGAGUCCGACAAAAGUGCAAGUAGUGAUACCAAAGAAAUCGCCCAAAGCUGCCGUUGCACAAACAGAAGACGGUAUAAGUGUGUCGAGUAAGAAGUCAAAGCGCAAGAAAAUUACGCUAGACCAGACGGAAUCAGAAUCAGUCUCAUCGUUGGUUCCUGUAACGGCGCCGGUGAAUGAGAAGAAGAGAGGUCGAGGUCGUCCGAAGAAAACACCGACCACUUCUGACGCCAUCGAGCCCAUCAUACCUCAUGAACAAGAAGCAAAAGAAGAGCAGCCUAGUGAACUUCUCCAACCAAUAGAACAGAACCCGGUCACUGAGAAGAUUGAUCCAAGCCCAGACAUCACACCAGACAAGCCACAACCUGUGGAACCAGUGAUCUCUCAGGAUACAGAACAAACCACUGUUCCGAUCAAACUCAACCCAGCUCCGACUUCAGAGACACCAGAGAAGUCAACGAAACCCGUCACUCCUUCGCCCAUGACCAAAGGCAAAGUGCCGUACCGCGUGGGCUUAAGUAAACGAGCAAGAAUCGCUCCUUUGCUACGAACGUUGAAGAAAUAA